UGCACCAAACCUCUUCAUUCUGGAGACCUUUUUUCUGAUCCAAACGCAGACUUCAGUCUUCAUCCCAGAGCAGUCCUUCAAACAGCUCUGCCACACUUUCACUCAGAGAAGAAAAUGGCCUCCAGUUCAAAGGAUUACUGCUGUUCGGUCUGCUACGACGUCUUCAAAGACCCUGUUCUUCUGUCCUGCAGCCACAGCUUCUGCCGACUCUGCCUGACCACCUGGUGGACACAGAAACCAAAUGAGUGUCCACUGUGUAAAACAAUCUCACAGAACAAUAAUCCACCUUCUAAUCUGGCUCUGAAGAACCUGUGUGAGUCCUUUCUGCAAGACCAGGACCAGCGCGCUUCAGAGGUCGUUUGCAAUCCACACUCCAAGAAACUUGAGCUCUUCUGUUUGGAUCAUAAGCAGCCAGUGUGCAUCAUCUGCAGAGACUCAAGAAAUCAUGUGGGCCACAGCUUUAUUCCCAUUGAUGAAGCUGCACAGGAACACAGAGAGAAGCUGCAAAAGAGCCUGGACAGCUUGAGAGAUAAUGUGAAUAAGGAUAAUGAUUUAAUAGAGACAAUUGAAUGCGUAUUAAUAGGUAAUCAAUUAUCUCUGAGUGAAGGAGAGGAAAAGAUCAAGAGGCAUUUUAAAGAGCUACACCAACUUCUAAAUGAUGAAGAGGAGGCUGGCCUAGCAGCUCUGAGAGAGGAGGAGGACCUUAAGAGACAAGUACUAAACGCUAAAAUGACAGAUCUAAACAAUGACAUAGAAACUCUUAAAGAUAUCGUGGAGGAAACAGAGAACGCACUGAGAGCCGACGAUGUCUCAUUCCUGAACACCUACAAAGCUGCAGAGGACAGAUUGCAGUUCUGCCUCCUGCUGGAAGAUCAUCAGCUUCCAGAAGAACUAGUAGUAGACUUGAGCAAACAUCUGGACAACCUGCCUUUAACGAGUGUGAGCAGCAGGUUAAAUAUAACGUCAUAAGGAAAUCAAGCAAAUAUGACCAACAAUUGUUUUAUUUGUACGAAAGAAAAAAAAACACUGUCUUCAUUUUGCAAUGCUACGUUCACACCAGGCGCAGAAAUGUGUGUUCUAGACACUACUUCUAAUAUAGAGUCUAUGAAGACGCUGGUGUGCGCCAUUCGGGCAUCUCCUUUCAAAAAUGUCACAAUUACACAUCACUAUAUACAUUUUUAUAACAGUUUUAGGCUCUAAGUGCAAAACACACAACCUUUGAAUGCAGGCUAAAAGUUCCACCUGUUGAACUUUGACAUAUCAGGGACUCGGAUUUGGUAGUGACGUAUGGAUGUUUUUAUCUGUGUUUUUUUUAAAUUGAUCAUGAUCAUGGAGGAGAAAUUAAUCAUUCUGGUUUGUGCCCGAUAGUCCAUAGUCUUGCACUGGCAUCACAUGCCUGGUGUGUACGUAGCAUAAUGCUACAUUUGUCAAAAUCGUUCAACAUCUGUUAUUUUUUUUUUUUUUUGUGUUUAUAUGAGUUUACUUACACAACUAUAGUUUCUUAAUAACUGAAAUUAGGGUUUUUGUAUGUCUCUGUAUUUUUCUGUUCUGUAUUUUAAUGGUUUUGUAGAAUUUGUUUAUCUCAUCACUGUUGGACUUUUCCUGUGCUUGUGGUGGGUUUUUUAACCCCAAAAAUGAGCAUUCACUGUUUGACUUGGAGAAUCUUCCAUUUGUUUUACCAAUGUGUGUGUUCAUCUUCUGUGUUCGUGGAUCAUCUGAAUCUUUUAGAAACACUGCAACACUGUAAUUUAUGAUGGGGGGGGGGAUAGAAUAAAACUAAAAGCUAAAAAAAAUUAACUAACUUGUGUUUUUCUUCUGUAAAUUAUAAAGUCAAACAUGGAUCGGGAUACUC